AUGGAACUCGACCAUCCGACGCGUGAACCAAAACGCGCCUUCCACGCCAAAGUGAGGACUGGCUGCUUGACUUGCAAGGCACGGAGGGUUAAAUGCGAUGAAGCGAAGCCGCACUGCCAGCGUUGCGUCAAAAGUGGCCGGAAAUGUGACGGGUACCGCUCGACCAUUCGUAGUAGCCCGCCAGCCAGCGCACUAUCGCCAGCAGGUUUGUUUGAAACGGCAUCCGAAAGACGAAGUUUCUACUACUUCCAGACCCACGCCUGCCAUUCUCUGGGCGGGCCCUUCAACUCGUCCUUCUGGGCACGCGGCGUGCUGCUGGCCGCCGUUCACUACCGUCCAAUCCGCCACCUCCUGGCUUUGCAGCAAUGCAACCAGUCCAUCCGCCAACUUGCAGCUCUCUCUCAGCCCGGUGCCCACCCCUCCGGUAUCCAAUCGGCAGAGACUGUGUAUAACAUGCUUACCGCGUCGCUCCUCUUCGUUUAUUUUGCCUGCGUCCGCGGCCGCAUACCCGAGGCAAUACAGCACGUCCUCUACGCCGUCAAGAUAUUGCAUGAGGCCGACCGC